AUGAAUCUGCGAAGCGGAUUCAUAGCGGUUGUCGGGGCCCCCGUUGAGGGACUCUCGGUUGAGGGAGUACCGGUGCUAGGACUCUCAGUUGAGGGACCAGCGGUGCUGGGUGCUUCAGUUGUGGGACCUGUGGUGCUCGGACUCUGGGUUGUGGGAGCAAGAGUCGUGGGGGACAGGGUGGUGGGGGUGGAGCUGGGCUCGCCAACUGGCACCGUGGGAGACAAGGUGCUGGGGCUGGCUGUGGUCGGACUUAGGCUGGUGGGGCUCACAGUACUUGGCGACAAGGUAGUUGGGACCACGGUGCUUGGGCCCGUGGUGGUAGGGACUCCCGUGCUGGGCGAAAGGGUGGUUGGAAUUCCGGUGCUGGGGCUCAAUGUACUUGGGCCGACAGUAGUCGGGCUUGAUGUACUGGGCGACAAGGUACUGGGCGUUCCUGUGCUGGGGCUCACAGUGGAUGGUUCGGAGGUGCUGGGGCUCACAGUGGUUGGGGAGAGUGUGGUGGGAAUUCCCGUGCUGGGAGCAGCAGUUGUUGGACCUGCCGUGCUGGGGCCAACAGUCGUGGGGCCUCCCGUGCUCGGGCUUACAGUGUGGGGAUCCCUGUGCUCGGCUCGCUGUAGUGGGACAACGGUUGUCGGGGUCCCCGUUGAGGGACUCUCGGUUGAGGGGUACCGGUGCUGGACUCUCAGUUGA